GCUGGCGGGGGCCCCUGUGAGAGCGGGGCCACAGCUACUAUUUAGGAGCGGAAAGAAGUGGGGGCGCCUCAACUGUGAAGGCGGAGGAGAGUUCACUGACGUCAGUACUGUGCUGGAUGAUGUCAUCAGACAGGUUAGUUCUGGCAGUAUAGAGAACGUCACUACUACUCUCAUCAUCCCACAUGGAGCAACCUGGGCUGGAGCAAAUGCUGGAUGGGCAGCGGUUUCCGGUGGAGCUGCUGUCCCGAGGUCUGCUCCUCCUGUACGCUCCCCUCGGGCUCUGCCUCUUCUUGCUGCGUCUCUUCAUUGGAGCCCAUGUGUUUCUGGUCAGCUGCGUCCUGCCCGACUGCGCCAUCAGAAGGUUCCUGGUGCGGGUCAUGUGCUCGGUGCUCGGGGUCCUCGUCUCUCAGUCUGGAGAACCGGAUCGCGCUCGGAAGAUUUUCGUCUCCAAUCACUUAACCUUUAUUGACCACAACGUCCUUAGUCUCCUCACUUCGUGCACCACCCCAUCGGUGUCCUGUCCUCCUGGGUUUCUCUGCUGGGCUCGAGGAUUCCUGGAACUUGGGGCCCCUGGGAGCCAAACUCAACUGCAGGAGUCUCUGAAGCAUUUUCUCUCUCAGACGGGGAGUCCUCCGCUCCUGCUGUUCCCCGAGGAGGAGACGACUAACGGCAGAGCCGGCCUUCUGCACUUCAGCUCGUGGGCGUUCUCGCUGUCGGACUCUGUGCAGCCUGUGGCCCUGCGGGUGAGCCGACCCCUCGUACCUGUGGCGGUGCCUGGCUCGCCCUGGUGCGUUGAGUUGUUCUGGACGCUCUUCUCCCUGUACACAGUUUAUCAUGUAAGAUGGUUGCUGCCCGUGUACCGUGCACCCAGAGAGUCAGAUGAAGACUUUGCCUCCCGUGUUCAGAAGCUGUUGGCGCAUUCACUUGGUGUCCAUGGCACAAAGCACACGGCUGCAGAUAGAGCAGAACAUAUGAAGAGGAGGAGGAAAGAGCCCCCACCCCGCAGCCGCCACAACCCGCCCACCGCGUCUACAGCCGCAAGUCACAUGGCGCAGCGCGUGAAAGAAGUGUUACCCCAAGUGCCGCUCUCUGUAAUUCACCAGGACCUGGCUCUGACCGGUUGUGUAGACGCCACAAUCACAAACCUUAUAGAAGGACGAGUCCCUUUUGAACCUGAAGCAGAAUCUGCUGGGAGUGAGGAGCCGGGGCGUGCCGCGAACAACAAGCUGAUACCCAGGGGAUUUGCCCGGAGACCAGAGGACAGACACUUGUCGUUACAGGAGCGGAAGGAGGUGCUGUAUGACUGUGCUCGGAGGAGGUACCUGGAGAAGUAUGGAGGAGUCGCUGCAGCCAAGAAGAAGAGCGAUUGAUAGGAACGUGGGGCUCGGGAGGGGGCUUGGGUCAUACAAUAAUGAGCGGUGGGGGGGGAGGACUAGUACCGGGGCCCCAGAGCUGGCAGCCACACGUGGGGGGAUCCGGGGCCCCAGAGCUGGCAGCCACACGUGGGGGGAUCCGGGGCCCCAGAGCUGGCAGCCACACGUGGGGAGAUCUGGGGCCCCAGAGCUGGCAGCCACACGUGGGGAGAUCCGGGGCCCCAGAGCUGGCAGCCACACGUGGGGAGAUCCGGGGCCCCAGAGCUGGCAGCCACACGUGGGGAGAUCCGGGGCCCCAGAGCUGGCAGCCACACGUGGGGAGAUCUGGGGCCCCAGAGCUGGCAGCCACACGUGGGGAGAUCCGGGGCCCCAGAGCUGGCAGCCACACGUGGGGAGAUCCGGGGCCCCAGAGCUGGCAGCCACACGUGGGGAGAUCCGGGGCCCCAGAGCUGGCAGCCACACGUGGGGAGAUCCGGGGCCCCAGAGCUGGCAGCCACACGUGGGGAGAUCCGGGGCCCCAGAGCUGGCAGCCACACGUGGGGAGAUCCGGGGCCCCAGAGCUGGCAGCCACACGUGGGGGGGAACUGGAGCCAUGUCUGGGGUUCCUCUUACAGACACCUGUAUGGGGUCAUGUUGCUUCCUCUGCUGCUGGUUUGUGAUGAUGAGAGUUGUAGUGGGAGUGUCUGACCGCUGUCCCGGGAUUACUGUAAAUAAUGAGCAUAUUUUAUAUAAAAUAAAGUGUAAUUCUGA